AUGGAUUAACAAAAUCAAAGUUAAAGAGUUGUAAUCUGUAGCGAAUUACCAGAAAAUCCUAUAGCCACUAAAAUGACAUAAAAAGAAGAUAGAACUUGUGGAGGAAGAUUUAGAUGGAAUUUGAUUAUUAAUGGUAUCAUUAUUAUUAUGGCUGCCUUUCCUUUCUAUCUACCCUUAGAAGCAACUUUGGGAAUUAAUUGCUUUUAUGCUUCAUUAUGGAUGAUAUUUACUAUCUUGGCUGCCCUUACAUAAUCAAAAAUUCAUUAAACAAUGAAAAAAUUCUAAAAUAACAUGGAAUAAUCUUCACUUCCAAAUAGUUCACAAAUUAAAUUUAUUUUAAUAACUUUCAUAUACAAAGAACCUUUAGAAUUACUUUUGAAAACCCUUCAAAAUGUUUCACAACAAAGAAUUGCCAAAGAGAUAAUAAUGUUAGUAUGUAUGGAAGAAAAAACACCAGAUAAAGAAACAAAAUUAAGUCCGUUUAUGAAUAAUUCAAAGACUGUUUUGGUUAAUUAAUUAUAACUGUUCAUCCUUAUGGAACACCUGGAGAAAUACCAGGUAAAUGUUCUAAUAAUAAUUAUGGUAUUAGAUCUGUCUUAGCUCAUCUAAAAAAAAGUGAUCCUAACCUUGAUCCAAAUAAGUAUUUUGUAACUAAUUUUGAUGUUGAUACAAUCUUUCUAAAAACUUACUUGA